AUGAUUAAUAUAAAAAUUGUAUUUUUAUAUUCGAUAUUUUAUAUACUAUAUAUAUUUCCUUAUAUAAUUAGUUCAACUAACUUUACUUCUAAUGAAAAAAUUAUAGAAAAAAGAAAUGUAAAAAGAUCAAUAGAAGAAAUAAAUAAUUUUAAAUAUGAUAAUGAAAUAAUAGAUAAUUUAUCAAUAAAUAAUAGAAAAAAAAGAAGUAUAAAAAUAAAAAUGGGAAAAUAUAGAUGGACUACAUUAAUAGAUUUUUAUGUUUAUUUUCCUUUAAAUACAUAUCAGAUAAAAAAAGUUUUAAAGAUUAUAGAAACUGCAACAUGUUUAAGAUUUAAAGAAGCAAAAAGCAUACAUAGUUGUACGUCAGGUUUUCGAUUUUUUGCUUCAAGUUUUUAUGAUAGUCACUUAGGAAAACAAACUGCAAACAAUUGGCAAAAAAUAGAAAUUGUAAAAGAAUAUUUUAAUGAAGGAAAAAUUUUACGAAUGAUAUUACGUGCAUUAGGAGUAAUUUAUGAACAUUGUCGAGUUGAUAGAAAUUAUUAUGUAAAAAUAUUUGAAGAAAAUAUUCCAUCAUUUGCUAAAAAAUAUUUUCAAAUAUACAAUAAACAUGAAUUUACUCAUGGUUUUAUUCCUUAUGAAUAUGGAUCUUUAAUGCAUUUUGGAAUGUAUAACUAUAGUAAAAAUGGUGGUAAAACAUUAAUUUCAAAAGAUCGUUUAUAUGAAAAUACUAUAGGACAAACUGAUAUGUUGACUUUUAACGAUGUAAGAACUUUAAAUUUGAAUUUUUGUUCUGAAGUAUGUAAAAAUCCAAUUAUAUGCCAUAAUUUUGGAUAUCAGAAUCCAAACAAUUGUAAUCAAUGUAUAUGUAUUGAAGGAUAUGGAGGUGUUACAUGUGAAAGAUAUAUAAAAACAAAACCACAUUGUACAAGGAGUGAGUUAUUAGUAACAAAUACACCUUUAUUUUGGAAUAUAACUGGAAGGAAACAUUGUAUAUAUCAUGUAAGAACAAGUAACUUUCACAAAAUUAAAAUUAUUCUUUUAAAAGUUAGAAUAGAUUUUUCAUAUCCAACAACGUGUUCAAUUGGUAAUACACUUGAAAUAAAAUUUUUGAGAGACAAAGCUUUAGCAGGUGCAAGGUUUUGCCACCAGAAGUUUCCUAAAUUUAUUAAAUCACAAAAUAAUUAUGUUAUUAUACAAUAUAACAGUUAUAAUCCUAAAAGUUAUGUUCACAUGUAUUUAAAAAGCUCACAUUAA